UGCAACGUUCGAAGCGUGCACGGCGCGCGCGUGUACGUGUGCGCGUGCACGUGUUCCGCGUCGAGUAUUAUGAAAGUAUGUACUUAAAUUCGUCGCGAUUUCUAUUUUAAAACGUGGCUCCGCGUUGCAGACUUCGAAUGCUAGUAUGACAGGGAUCAACGAGGCAUUGGUUCAUUCGCGAAAGGAGGGAUCAUCGAUGGACAAUAUCGUGUCCGCGCCGGAAGAAAAAGCAUGCGAAACUACGAGGACGCAAUGGCGACAAUGGUUAGCAUGUAUCUCUGCGACACUAUCCAUGGUGGCGGUCGGCACGGUAUACGGAUGGACAACCACUUCUCUGUCUCGGCUAACUUCUGACGAUGCCGAUGUGCCGAUGAAACUAACAGACGACGAAUGUUCGUGGCUCGUCUCCCUAACCGUGAUCGGUUCUAUGAUCGGCCCGUUCGCGGGAGCCUAUUUAGCCGACAGAUUCGGUCGCAAACGUUGCCUCAUGUUUUCGAGCGUGUUCUUCAUCGUCGGUUGGAUCAUCGUGCUGUUCGCUAAAACCGUCGUAGCUCUGUACAUCGCGCGAGUACUGCUCGGCGUGGGCGUCGGAAUCUCUUACACCGCGAAUCCCAUGUACAUCUCCGAAGUGUCCGACGUUAAUAUCAGAGGCGCGCUCGGUACUCUAACGGCGGUGAACGUCUUCACCGGGUCUCUGUUAACGUGCAGCAUAGGGCCUUGGGUGUCUUAUCGUGUUUUAGCAGCGGUCCUCUUGCUGAUUCCGAUCCUGUUCGUAGCCUGUUUCGCGUGGUUCCCCGAGACCCCUCACUUCUUGGUCACCAAGGGCUGCAGAACGGAAGCGUCCAGGUCCUUGGCAUUUUUCAAGGGCAUCCGCGACGUCAACGAGGCGAACAGGGAGCUGUACUUAAUCGUGCGAGUGCCCUCCGAAACGCACAAGUCCCGCACCUCGGUGAGCUCGACCCAGAGCAUACAGGCGAUCAAGCACACUUGGAUAACUAGGUUGAAAAUCAUGCGGUUGCCGAACAACAUGAAAGCUCUGUACAUUAUUCUCGGCCUGGUGGCAGCCCAGCAACUCAGCGGGAAUUUCAGCACGAUGCAAUAUCUGCAAGUCCUCUUCGACAAGGCCGCGGUUGGGAUCGACUCGAACGUGGCGACCAUUCUGGUUUUGGCCGUCGGGCUCGUUUCCGGCGGUUUCGCCACCGCGACGGUGGAAGGAGCCGGAAGGCGGCCGCUCCUAAUGAUCUCCUGCCUGGGAUCGUUCGUCACUUUGGGCGGUCUCGCGUUCUAUUUGAUGCUCGAGGCGCGGGGCGCCGACGUCUCCUCGGUGAACUUCCUUUCCGUGGUCGACGUGAUCGCCUUCCAAAUUGCUUAUCAAAUCGGCCUGGGUACUUUGACCAACGCUCUCGUCGGCGAGCUGUUUUCCUCCGACGUGAAAGGCGUCGCCGGCGCCAUCGUCACCGUUUUCGACGGAAUACUCGGCUUCACCGUCUCGAAGCUGUAUCAAGUGAUCGGCGACAGCCUCGGUUCCCACACGGUUUACUUCUUCUUCUCGAUAUCCUGUUUCCUCGCGUUCUUAAUGGUGGCGUUCUUUCUGCCAGAAACGAAAGCAAAUUGGCGCGAGGCCGACGGUGGGGAAAUCCAACGGCACCCAUGGCAUCCUCCCUGAUCCUCCCCCGCGGGGCUGCUACGCGACGAGAACUACCCUUCGGAUUGGGCCGCGCUGGGACCGAUUACAUCCUGGGACCGGUUACAUGGAAGGAGCGAUGGAAGGGUGCAGCGACUUUGAUUUUCUCAUUUUUCGAAAGCACAUUCGUUUUCAAGCAAAGCCUAAGGAAUACGGUGCAAGCCUUUGCCUCGAACAGUAUGACAUCUCCUAUUUUUAUCCGCUUUCGAUGACCGGCUUCGUUCAAACGCGAAUUUAUCACGAUCUAAACCGAUCGUGACAGCUGCGGACAAAUUGCGGAAUCUCGGAAGCGAUGAGAAGCCUCGACAUUACUGUACAUCGAUGAAAUGAUAUAUACAGGGUGUUUUCGUUAUUACGAAAGGUAGAUAAAAUUACAAAGCGGUAUUUAAAUGGUUUCGAAGCGCGCAUCGGAUGGUAACAAAGAAUGCACUUGCAUCGAAGUCGUUGCAAUGAUUUUUUCAAGGUCGUAGAUAUUUUUAUUCCGUUUCAUUUUUUAUUAUGGCGCGACGUUGUUGUUUACAUCGAGUGGAGUCGAAUGACCUAUAAUAUCAUGACCGUAGACGGACGACGUUGACAAUUAAAAAAUGAGUUAAAUUUUAGCGAAUACGGAACGGCGUGCUCGGCGCUUCGAGCUUCUGCAACAAAAUAAGACGGCGAUGACAAUGAUGAUGACGGUGACACGGUAAUAAAUCGCACGAAGUUCUUUCGUCAUCUCGUAUAUUUGAAAAAAUUUUUAUUCUCAACACGUGUACCACAACUUUCGAGUGGUAUGCAUAGUAGUUACAUAAAUGACGAAAACUAUCAAUAUGAAAGUAUCGCCGUAAAGGAUUCUUACACAGGCGAAACUUCGGCGUUUAUCGAUAAGCCGUUUGUUUUUUUAAUGCUCGUCGAACGUUCGGUUCGCACGUGUUAAAAUAUUUCAAAAUCGUUUACGCGAAUGGAGAAUGAUAAUACGUCUACUUUACUGUUCGAACUCCUCGAUACGUACGAAAACCGGACAUGAAUUUAAUCUUAAGUAUGGAAGAUAGUUACGUGUACGGUUACGUGUACGCGACGCGAUGUUCGAGCGUGUACGGUUAAAUAUCUCGCGAGGCAUCGAAGUUAUCGAAAUAAUAUUCCGAGGAAGGUUGUUCGAUUUAAAGGAGCGAACUACGUGGUUUUUAUAGUUUUUGCGCGAGCGUGGUCGUAGCCGAGAUUUUAAGGCCAAGUCGUUCUUUUAGAAUGGGACAGCACGUUUUCUUAUCUACGAUCUGUUAACGUUUUAUUAUAAACAAAAAGUUACGUAUUGUCCCAUUUGAAAAAGUUGAAUUGACUUUGAAAUCUCAGCCACCACUAUUUUAUCGAAAUAACCGCUAAUUCGUCCCUUCGAAUCAAGCAAUUUCGAUACCUCGCGAGAUAUUUCACUGUUUUCGCUGAAACGUCGCAUCCUGUACGACGGCAAUUAAAACAAUUGUUCCAGUUUUCUGUCGUAUUAGGUACGAGCAGCCGACGUCGCGCUCGAAUCGGUCGACGAAGGGAUGCCAUAAGAGCACGGCUCGCAGCAAAAUAAGUCACUCGUUUCGAAGGAGUGAGGGUAAAUGUGAUGCGAAAUGCUUCGAAACGAGAUCCGACUUAUUUUGCUGCGGAUCGCAAUUGUCGCGCGGAUUGCGCAUAAAAAUGGACAAUUUGAGAACAGGAGAUUCGAUUAUUCGAGCCUCGCGUCUCGCUUUUAUGGUCGUUGGCUUAUCUCCUCUUCUCAACUUGUCCAAUCUGAGCGCGAAUUAGGGAAAAAUUUGCUGCGAAUUCGUGCGAGUCGACCGGUCCGAGCGCGAUGCCGAGUUUGCCGAGCUUGAUGAGCAUUCUGCUUAUUAUGUACGUUUGCGCUUAUGUACAUAGAACGUGGCACACACACCGGGUUCAGUCCAUUCGAGGAUACGAACGUGAAAUGUUCCGACAGGAAGCUUCGCCUUUGUAAAGAAACUCUCUGUGUAGUUUUGCAAGCGUUCGCGCAAAGGAAUCGAUCAUCGCACCUAACUUCUAGUUAAGUGGAACACAGGGAAAAUUAUACGUAGUAAACAUUUGAGAAAUGAAGCGAAUUAAAAAGAGGAAAGGGGGAUUUAUAGUGUAAACAGUCGAUAAAAAGUAUAAAAAUUCACUAGUUAAACGCAAUGAAAUUCGUACACGUCUAGUUUUGAGCGUCGACGUUUCUAUUAAAUGCAUCGCCCCGUUCUUUCAUCUACCACCGAAAGAAUCGGUGCAAACAUCACGGAUCCAUUGCUCGAAGCUAGACGCUGUAUAGAUGUGUGCGCAUUUAUAGACGCAUGUACACGCUCUUCCUGCGCGCGCGUGUCUACGUGUAUUUUAUGUAUGUAUGUAUGUAUGCAGUUUUUGUACGCGUAUGCGUGUGUUUGUGUGCGAAGGGGUGUAGGAUCUGGUAACUUAAGUUGAUGUCUCUGGUCCCCAUUCUCGGGAUGCUAUAGCAAAAAUAAUAUUACCACGUUUACGACCAA